CAGUACAGAGGGAUAGGCCAACGAGUGAUAUAUGCUUCAGUAAGAUUGGCUUUGUAGCAUACUUAGCAAUGGUUAUCAACUGUACCGCAAAAAAAUAGAGCUUGUGGUGGCAGCUGCGGGGAAGUAUUUGGGUGUAUGAGAUUUGACUUCAAAAGAGUUACAGUUGAGUGGUGGUGUCCCAUCCUUCCAGGCUGUUAGCCUGAGCUAGGACUAGAUGGGUUUAAAUAUUGGAAUAGGGUUAGAUUACACAUUAUUUGAUUUUUUCACCCCCUUUUACCACUCAAGGUAUAAGAGAUUUAUACCCCAGUCUAGUUGGUGGCGGUAAUGCAACAUUUAUUGGAUGCCAAACGCCGUUAAACCACGAAGAAGAAGAAGACUACUAAGAAGAAGAAGAAGAAGAAGAAGAAGAAGAGCGGGGUGGAAAUUGAUGGGAUGACACGGAUGCUAACUGCAGCCCCAGAAAGUUGACCUGCACCACCCUAGGGCAUGGUCAGGAUGGGGCCAGAUGUGCCCUUGCUCAAUGAAUACAAGCAGGAGUUCUGGAAGCGUUUCCCUCAGAUGUUGCUGGGGGGUCCGUGCUUGAAGUUGGGCUACUGCGCCCCGCCUUAUAUCUAUGUCAACCAGGCGGUCUUGUUCUUGACACCAUGGCUGUUGGGUGGCAUUGGCACGCUGCUGUGCCAGCUGCAGGAGGAGCUCCACGCUGCUGUGCUGUCUGCUAUGCUCAUGAUUGGGGCAGCAGUGGGUGUCCAGGCCCUGGCACUGUAUGCAGCCCGCAGGAAUGGCACGGUGGAGAGGUUGGGAGUGCCCAACAUCCUGGCUGAUGAGGAGGUGGAGUUCACCAACUGUGUAGGCCCAGAGACAGUGAGGUUCAUCGCCCCAGGGAAGAGGUUUGGGCUGAAUGUGGUGCUCCACACCAUGCUGGCGGGGACCCUCUGUGGCCUGGGAUAAUGGUAUGUGCUCCUGGGCAGGUUAACUACACUCUACGGCAGUGUGGGUGUAGCCUUGGUGGUCUUUGUCCUGAGCUGGGUGACUGCGGCAGAGUACUCCCUUAUCAUCAACACGGACGCAAAGAUGGCCACAUUCCAGGCGCAGGACACCUAUGAGAUCAUCCCACUCAUCCGACCACUCUACAUAUGAACUGUCAUAGCUGUGGACCUUGAUUGCUUACAGAACCUGGCCAGGGGACCUCAAGCUGCUGUCAGCUACCUCAUCCUCUUCAUUGUCUGCUGGGCUCUCGGAGAGAUCCAGGGAGCCUAUGUUUUUGGAGGAGUAUUCCUCAGCCCACUGUACCCAGGAGGAAUGGCCAAUGUCCGGGUGUUCAAGCAGCGCAGAAGGGGUCUCCCUGUGGCUGGGGCCAUCAGGAGGGUGCUGCUCAAUCUGAUGUCUCCCUUUGCAAUGAUUGCUUUGCUGAUGCUGGAUGGCUCUGUUCAGCAACUCCACACAGCCUCUCUUGUGGGAUUCACCCGGGCCUUCAGAAUGGUGUGGCAGAGCUUUGAGGAUGCCCUGUUUUAGAUGGUGGUGUCAGUGAGGCUGGCUGCAGGGGAAACCAGACUGCCUGGGUGGGACAGUAUGGGCAUAGGGGUCCAGCUCCUUCUGGUGGGCCUGCUGAGUGAUAGGCUGCUCCAGUUCCUGUCCAAGCUUAAGUUUGCCCUGACCCUGCUGGUGACCUCCUGGACUUAGAAGAAACAGCGGCUUCAGUCGGCCGGGACCCUCCUGGCCCCGAACGCUUCCCUGUGUCCUCUGCUGCUCUCUGUGGUGUUCCUGUUUGCCAUGAUCUCUGCUCCUCUGCUGCCCCUCUUCACCCUGCCCAUCUUCCUGGGCUUCCCUAGGCCUCAGCAUAGUUUGGUUGGGCCCGUGGGCACCGCCUGCCUCUGUCCAGACUCCAUCUACUACCAGCAGAUGAGUGGGAGCCUGGCAUUUGCUCUGAGGAGUACCUUCACCAGGGGAUCACUUCGUUUAAUGGAAUCAGCCUUACUCGAAAUCUUAGCUGUGGAUAAGUGUAUGAAGAAGCUGAUAGGCCUACAUUUGAUUUUUUUCCUUCCCUUUGAAGGUUCUCUGGCUCCUGGCUUCCACUUCCUGGGUUGCUUCCAGGACACUAUGGUUUGGAUCAUGAUCUUGGAGAGAAGAUAUGGCUACUGCACGGUCAACAUCAAGGGUCUGGAGCUGCAGGACACGUCGUGCCAUACAGUGGAGGCUCGGGGGGUGGAUGAGGUGUUUGAGGGGGCCUUUGAGCGGCUUGGUCUCAACCAGGGGUUAAACCUGCACUUGGGUAACGCCCUCACCCCAUGUGCUGCCCUGCCUGUCCACGUCUACUCUGAUGCCCGAAAUGUGCUCGCAGGAACUCUGUCCAGAGACAUAAGACUUUUACUGGGGACACCGGGAAAGGAAAGUAAGUUCCAGCCCUCCCAUCUCGGCCAGUCAACUGUCACCCAGCCUUCAGAGGCUGUUAUGGUGGAGUCCGUCUCCUCUCUCAAGUUUAGACGGGACAGCUCCAGUUUGACGACCUCCGGUGACUGGUCAGAUGAGGAUGUCCUGUUUGGGGCUCAGCCAUCCAGGAGGACGGUGGUGCUGGUAAGUACAGAGGCCCAGCUGGGGGACACAGUGCUCUACACCAGCCCCUCACUGCCAGGUGUGGAGAUGGGCAGUAGGUUUGAAAACAUGGCCCUCUCGUCCCUCCAGGCUCUGGGUCUCCCGGCUGUGGACAAGGGCAGGAACCCUGAAGUACCCCCCACAGAGUCCUCCGGCAUCUUGGCCCAUGCAAACUUUAGCUGCCCCCACACUGAGCUGUUCAGUCUGCCCCCUGGGUGGAGGACAUCCCCCUUAUCAUCCCGGUUGCAGCAGCCCUAUGCUUUGUUCCCCGAGUGGUUUCGGUUCACUCUGGGGCAGUUGGCGCUGUCCAUUCAGGACAAGGCUUUGGAAGAUGUGGCCAAAGCCCUGAAGGAGGAUGAGGAGCUGAGGGACCGGUCAUGCCUCAUCUCCCUGGGGACAGAGUCUGCCUUUACCAGCCCCAGCUAUGUCUACAGGGUCUACUGUGGGGACGAGCCUUGGACAGAGGGGCUGGAGUGACUUGAAAACAAAGAACUUGACCAGCUUGCACUUAAGGCUUUCAGGUACAGUUUCAAGCAGCUGUUUGAUCAGGUGAGUCUGGGGCCAAUAGAUCUUGAGGAGCUGUUCAGCACACUGGAGGAGUAUGAGAGGGACUGGUACAUCGUCCUGGUGGCUGAGAGCUGGCAGGACUGUCCUACAGGAGAAACCCUCUUCUCACCGGGCCAUGACCUCACCCUGAGCACUUACACAGGGCUGGUUCAGGUAGGCCGUCCGAAUGAGGUGGUGGUGCGUGGCCAGUGGGCUAACCUAUCCUGGGACCUGCUCUACGCCACCAACGAUGAUGAGCAAUACAGCAACCAGCCCCCCCUCUGUCCCCUUGCACCUCCCCUGCUUCUAACCUCAACCCCUUGUUGGGAUACGCCAUCUUCACUGACUUCCCUAUACCCACCCUGCCUCGUGUUUGCCUAA